AGUGGAGAGAGAAAAACAAUUGGAAAAGGAAAAUGAGGAACAAGAGACAAGUAAGACAGAAAAAGGAAAGGAAGAAGGAAAAGAAGAAGAUGAGGUAUUAUUAGCCCCCCUUGAGACCUGCGGGCGGGGAGGGCCCGGGUCGCCUCUCGUCGCGGGCGGACGACGCGCGAGCAGACGACCCCGCCGGCCCACCAUGGCGACGCUGCUGGUGUGCCGUGUGAAUGUUAUCUCGGCUCUCAAGACCUUCUGCAGGACCUAUGGCACUUCUGCGCUUGCAUUUGGAAAAUCACAGUAUGUAGAGAUCCGAGGGGCGCAGUUGCAGUCACAGUACCCUAAAGAAGUCAAGAUUGUCGAAGUUGGCCCACGGGAUGGACUGCAAAAUGAAAAGGCCCUCGUGCCAACAGACGUAAAAAUUGAAUUUAUUAAUAUGCUGUCUCGAGCUGGACACAAAGCUGUAGAGGUGACCAGCUUUGUAUCUCCAAAAUGGGUCCCACAAAUGGCAGAUCACAGCGAAGUGUUAACUGGAAUUAAACGUUUUAGUGGUGUCUCCUAUCCUGUACUGACCCCCAAUCUGAAGGGAUUUCAGGCUGCAGUAGCAGCAGGGUGUGAGGAAGUGGCGAUCUUUGGAGCUGCCUCGGAGACAUUUAGCAAAAAGAAUAUAAAUUGCAGCAUUGCCGAAUCCUUACAAAGAUUUCAAGCUGUAAUGGAUGCUGCAAGGGAGGCUGGGAUUCGUGUAAGGGGUUACGUCUCCUGUGUAUGUGGGUGUCCCUAUGAAGGCCCUGUCGAUCCCAAGGCUGUGGCAAAGGUUGCCUUGGCCAUGUACGAGAUGGGUUGCUAUGAGAUUUCCCUCGGAGACACCAUUGGCGUUGGGACUCCUGGCAGCAUGAAGAACAUGUUAGAUGAAGUCCUGAAGGUUCUUCCAGCUGAGGUUUUGGCUGUCCACUGCCACGACACGUACGGCCAGGCGCUUCCCAACAUCCUUAUUGCUCUUCAGAUGGGCAUCAGUGUUGUAGAUGCUUCUGUUGCCGGGCUGGGAGGUUGCCCAUAUGCAAGUGGCGCAUCGGGCAACGUUGCAACAGAAGAUGUUGUCUAUAUGCUCAAUGGCUUGCAAAUCGAAACUGGGGUAGACCUUGAUAAACUGAUUGAUGCGGGAAAUUUCAUUUGUACUGCUAUUAAGAGGCCAAAUAUGAGCAAAGUGAGUUGUGCCAGAAGUAACUGUUAACAAGUGACUCAUCAGUUUUGUUGACAUCGUAUGUACUUUUUUUUAUUUGUUUUUUCCCCAAGAUUGUGACAAUAUUUAUUUUCAAGAUUAAGGUGUAGAGAAAUAUUGUAGCAAAGUGUGAAUGUCGAAUGUGAAGGGAGUUGAAAGGAAACAUUUAUUUUUUUAUAGAAUUUAGGUUUUGUAAUUAGUUUUGUAUUAAAGGAAAAAGAAAGAAAAAAAAAAACAUUUUGCAAACUUUGCAAAUAAAACGAAGUUGAUGUUGAUCUGUACUAACAAUGAAUGUAUAAAAUACUUCACUUUUUUUUUUUUUUAAGAGUAUAGAUUAUUCCCAUUUGUUGAAAAUAGAAAUGAAAAUAUCUUUAGUCAUUUUCUGACUGUAAAAUUAGGGUAUAUCUUCAAUUACUUAACAGUUGUUGUGUUCAUGUAUAAAAGUACUCAUGAUUGGGAAGUCUCCUUCAUGCAUUUAUAACCCCCCAAAAAAAGAAAAAAAAAAAUCAUAAAUAUGUAAUCUUGAUGAAGACACUUUUGCCAAGGGUAAAACCAAAAAAUUUGUUGGUUUGGGUGCAUUUUCUUCCUUUUUGAAACAUUGCAAAUCACUGACCUCUUUGAUUACUAUUUUUAUUGUUAUCAUUAUUAUUAUUAUAAUAAUAAUUAUUUCUUUAUCAUCAUCAUCAUCAUCAUUAUAGACCAUAUCACCAUCCUCGUCGUCAUGAUCACCCUGAAGUUCAUCCUCAUCCGCAUCCUCAUAAAUAUUAUUGUUAUUAUUAUUUUUUUUUUAAAUGAUUAUGAUUAUUAUUAUUAUUAUUAUUAUUAUUAUUGUUAUUAUUAUUAUUAUUAUUAUUAUUAUUAUUAUUAUUGUUAUUAUUAUUAUUAUUAUUAUUAUUAUUAUUAUUAUGAUAAUUAUAAUUACUAUUAUCAUUUUUGGUUUCUGUACAUCUGGUGCUGCUCAGAUUGACUCAGGAUGUUAGGAAAUGUGCAUAACUCAGUGCAUGCUUUAUGCUGAAUAAAUAUGGGAAGACAGUAGUACGUAAAAAAAGGUAUAUCUUUCUUCAUGGUCGUCAGUAAUGCGUAAUGAUAGAGAGCCAAUUGUCAUUUUUCCAGAACUGAUUCCCAAGUACAUUUUAUUUUGAGGAAUAAUUGCUUUGUUUAUAACAAGGAUCCCAUUUAUUUAUUUUUUAGAAGUGCAUGAUAGACCUUUUUUUUGUGUGUGUUUGUCUUUGAGGGUUUUAGUAAAGGAUGGGAUUUGGCAGCCUUGCUUGAACAUUUUCUUCUGUUUUCCCAAAUAGUUUCUGUAGAUUUGUAUUUUCAUGUAGAAUGUGACAACCUUAAUAUGUAUUUAUUUUCAAAGGGCCAAAAACUGAAUGAAAUCAAUUUAAAGUGCAAAACAUGCCAUUAAUAAAUUCCAUCCUAUAGUAAUCACUAUAUUAUCUGGUUUUAUCAUUUAUAAUGUCAGGCUCUAUUUGAUCAAUAUCCUCUCUGGAAGAGGAAAUGGAUUGCUGGGUCUGCAGCAAGCAUUAAGGUAUUAUACUGCUCAGCAUGCCAGGCACAGUACUAGCUAUAUAUGGAUUCACUGUUGGCAUAAAAAACAGUAGACUGUGUCCUUGUGCUUUGACUCUCCUUAGAGCACUAAGAUUGGUCAUGGGCUUAGACCAGUAGCAAGCCUGUGUAUCAGUAAUGAAAGUAUAGUAAAUUGUAAUAAGCUUCUUUCUUAUGAAUUCAGGAGUUAGACAAACCUCUGUUCUUGCAUCGACUCAAUUCAGCCCUUGCAAGAACUGGACAUGGUACAAUUCUGAUCUUGACUUUGAUGAUGAAGUUGCUAUCUUAUUGUGAGCCUCUGGAGACCCUUGAGGCUAUUGAUGCAUUUAGCCAAGGCAAAGGCCUAGGGUCCAGAGGUUUCUUGGACCACGACCAAGAUCCAGCACUUUGAGGGUAUUCAAGGCAAUCCUUAUCUGUUGUUAUAUGCUUCAGUGAAAACAUCAAAGUCACCAAGAGUUUUAUCUUGAUUAUUUUAUUAUAUCUUGAUAAUGUAAUUCAUACCUCUUGGUUUUCAGACCAUGAAGUCAACAGAUGGAUUGACCUGUCAGGAAGAGUAAUGAACUUCCUCAAUAAAAAUAUCUGGAAAUGCCUAGGUCUUUUUGCAGGACAAAAAUAUGUCUUCAAGGCUCUGACAUUGCUGGUUUUGGUGGACAUCACUGAAAUGUGUGAAAUGUGGACUUUAACCUUGGAGUAUUGUCUUGACACUUUUUGCAAUAGGUCUUUGUGUUAUAUCAUGUGGUACAGUUGUCAGGGCAAUAUAUCCAAGCAGCGUCUACAAUGUAAGACUGGGGUAAGAUCUCUUAUUGCACCAUCCAGGACUGCCAACUCUAGUUAUAUGGUCACUUUGACUUGAUUCCCCGAGGUGGUCUCCUCUAAAGACAAUCCUUGUAAGAGGAGGGUUGUAGGACAGCCAUUAAGGUUGUGGCUUUAGCAAAUUGAUAAGAUCUGUCAUGAAGAUGUCAGGUUAGGCAGGAUUCGUGCCUGACACGUAAAGGGCAGACUUCAAAAUAAUAUUUUUCUUUUUUAUAGUUUUUUUUUUAUUUGUUAUUGUUUUUACUAAUUCUCUAAAGAGGAGGGUGAUUUAAGAAUACCAGAAGUAUAGAGAUGCUUCUAUAAGGAUAACACUUAAAUGUAGAAUUUAGUGACCCAUAUGGCCAUGAUAUUUUAAAUGAACCUCGGAAGAUAAUUCAUGGUCAGGUAUACUAUGCUUUCAGUACCUAUUGUUUAAGCUUUCAUUCCCAAGUACUGUUCUCCUCUUUGGUAACUGCACCUCAUAACAUUUCUUAUUCCUGCUUAUGAAUCUUAAAAAUCCUCUAUAUUUCUAACUUUUACACUUUGAUGGUACAUAGAAAGUAAGUCCUUAACCCCUAUAAUCAAGCUAUAGUGGAUGCUAUGUACCAUUAAAUAAAAAAAAAAAAAAAUGCCAAAAGUUCCGUAAAACAAUCAUAAAGAGGUAUUGUGCACUCCAUGAAGAAGUCUAAACAUCGAAAGUAAAUCAUUACACUGCUAGUUAUGAUGAUUAAUAGUAAUUGCUGUGGAAAUGAGCUUCAGAAUCAACUAUAAAUCUCUUUUUUUUUUUUUUUUUUUUUUUUUUAAUACUUGUAGCAUUCUGCAUAGCUUUUUAGUGCUGAAUUUUUGUCUUUACUGUAAAUUCACAAAGAAAGGUACUACUUUUGUUUUACUACUGUAAAAUUGCCAUAAUUUUUCACAUUUACCUCAAUUAUAGCAAGUAUGCAUAGUAAAUUGCAUGUCUUUUAUUGAUGAAGCACAAUCAGUCAGAUGUUGAAAUGUAUAUCUUUGUUAUUAGAAAGCACAGAAUAUAUUUUACACAAAGAAAAAGUGAUUGAUGGGUUUGUUUCAGUCACCAUAUAUAAAAGUCUACUUACCAUGCUCUGUAAAACAUGAGAUCUAUUGAAAAUAGGGUAAGUGUACCUGUAUGAGUUUACUUAUACUAUACAAAGCAAAGUUAAUUGAUAGCCCAUUAUGAGGCUUUGUAAGGUGACUUUUGACAAUAGAAUAGGUUUUUCCCUAAAGAUGCAGUUAUUCUUGAUUGGUUGUGUUUUAAUGUUUGCAUGUGGAAAGACAAAACCCAAAGGUGGUGUUACCUGGCUGUGAGAUAUGUUGUGGGUAUACUUUUUAAAAAGAUGUAUUUUAUUCUGAAAUAUAGAAAUAAAAAAAAAAAGUAUUGCUUUA